UCUCUUUUUAAUUUCCCUCUCAAACAGCGACUUCUCUCUUCUCCCCGGAUCUCUUCGAUUCAUGGACAAUCCUCCAGAGGACCGUCACCGAAUCGCCUCCACAGGGGAGAGACCUGUCAGGCCUGAAAACUCAAUGGAGCAGCUAGUCUCCUCCAAAGAUGAAAGGAUUGUUUCAGUGAAUCCUUCUCCGGAUGCAGCCACCAUAGGGUCCUCGAGGGAUGUCACUGAGCAUUCAAGAUCUUCAAAAGAAGGUGGAGAUCUUAGUGUUUUUGCUUAUGAACAAAACAUGCAAUACGGGGGCUAUGGCAAUGCAACUGGUAGUUGGGAUGGAUAUCCUCAAUUUGUUAAUAAUGAUGGGUUGCACAUAUCUCCUGUGAUGUACGGUGAGAAUCCAUCUGUUUUGUUGUCUCCUGGUUAUGGCUUCACUCCAGACAUGACAUAUGGUCAAUUUUCUCCUGUUGGUACACCUCUACCUUCUGUAAUGGUAGAUGGCCAGUUAUACUCUCCUCAGCAAAUUCCAUUUUCUCCAACUUAUUACCAGCAACCUGCCCCUUCAAAUGUGCCUUCAGCUCUUCCCUUUUCACCAUCGGAGCUCAUGACACCAGAAAGUAGUAAUGAGAACUUGCUUUUUGGGCCAGGACCCAGUUACCUGGUACAACUUGGAUUGGUUGGUGGAGGAAACGUACCUGGGAAUCCUAAUUCUAGUUCUGUAACUGCUGCUGCCCCAUAUCCUCAAGCAAUGGGCAUUCUUGGUUCUUAUGAGCAUAAUGUUGGGCAGAGACCUUUGCAUGGAGUUGGUUCACUAUCCAGUUCCUCUGUUGGACAUUAUCCAUAUGGUGGGUCUUAUCAAAGGCCUAACUUCAGCAGUGCAUCAUUUCCUUAUUUUGGGGCUAAUGACCAGACAAAAUUCACUCUUGACAAGGGCAGGAGACAGGAGAGGGACCAAGGCUCAAUUUACAUUUCUAAUGAUUCUCACAGUAUUGACCGCAAUCGUGGACCAAGGGCUUCGAAGCUUAAGGCUAAGAGCACAAGUGAACAGAGCCUUCUGUCUGUUAAUAGAUAUAACUGUCCAGAUUUUGUUACUGAUUUUGAGAAUGCAAAGUUCUUUGUAAUCAAGUCUUUUAGUGAAGACAAUGUCCAUAAAAGUAUUAAGUACCAUGUUUGGGCCAGCACUCCACAUGGGAACAAGAAACUAGAUGCUGCCUAUCAUGAGGCAAAGGAUAAGAGAGGAAAGUGUCCAGUCUUUCUAUUGUUUUCGGUCAAUGCUAGUGGGCAGUUCUGUGGGGUAGCUGAAAUGGUUGGACCUGUAGAUUUUGGGAAGGAUGCUGAUCACUGGCAACAAGAUAGGUGGAGUGGGCAGUUCCCAGUACUGUGGCAUUUCAUUAAAGAUGUUCCAAACAAUCGAUUCCGACAUAUAUUACUGGAAAAUAAUGACAAUAAACCUGUAACUCACAGCCGAGAUACUCAGGAGGUGAGACUAGAGAAGGGUGUUGAAAUGUUGAAAAUUUUCAAGGACCAUGAUGCACAUACAUCUCUUCUGGAUGAUUUUGGCUUUUAUGAUGAUCGGGAAAGAGUUUUGAAGGACAAGAAGGCUAGACAGCAAGCCAACUCAACCUCCUUUUUGAAGGACAAGAAGGCUAGACAGCAAGCCAACUCAACCACAGAUGUGAUAUCUGAUGAUCCCAUAAAUCAAAUGGCCAAUAAUCUUGCUCAAACCCUUAGGCUCCAUGAGGACAAUGUAGAAAAACCAUCAAGUGAAAUGAGUGGUGGCUCAAGAACAGAAGAUUUGCGUCCACUUGUCAGUGAACCCAUAAACCAAAGUGCUGAAACCGACAGUGAAACCAGAAUUGAGUCUGUUGAGGGGAUGAAUGGCAGCUAGAAGCAGUUGUAGGUGUUGCAGGUGUAUUUUCAUGCUUGGUGUAACCUUACAAACUCUGUGAUUCCAUAGUUCCAUUGUUUGCUGACAACAUUUGAGGUUGAUGUAUCUGCCAUCCUGUGCAGCCAGAUAGUGGUAUGAAAGUCCAGUUUUUCGUUUUUGAUUCCAGUCUUUGGGGGCAGUUGAGGAAAUCUUGGUCUGCUUGUCAGAAGACAUCUUGAUUUUUAACAAUCUCUCUCUUUUGGGUUUAGCAUGGUGGAAGCUAUAACUUGGAUGAAUGCUAUGGGAGUAACUUGUACACUAUGUGGGAUGGUGUCUUAUUGAAUUCUCAUUCUCAUUUACUGGUUUUUUCCAGGGCUUUUGGGGGUAAUUGAAGCAUUUGUAAACUCCCAUUUUUGGGAGGCAGAUCAAUAAAAUGCAAAAACAGAU